UCUGCUUCCAUCGGAAGCCCUAAAAUCUCCUCUCCGCUACAGACUCGCGCCCUUUUUGCCGUUAAUCGAAUCUCAGAAACCUCAACCAUGGCGGCGGCGAACGAGCACACCGUCCUACAAUUCGCGACUCCGUCGUCGACAACCUCCAUCCUCACGGCGAGGAUCCACCCCCUCGUGAUCUUCAACGUCUGCGAUUGCUUCGUGAGACGUCCCGACUCAGCCGAACGAGUCAUCGGCACUCUCCUCGGAUCAAUCCUACCCGACGGAACCGUCGACAUCCGCAACUCGUACGCCGUCCCUCACAACGAAUCCUCCGAUCAGGUCGCUGUGGAUAUUGAUUAUCACCACAACAUGUUAGCUUCGCACCUUAAGGUGAAUCCCAAGGAGAUCAUCGUUGGCUGGUAUUCAACUGGUCUUGGGGUGAAUGGUGGUAGUGCUUUGAUUCAUGACUUCUACGCUAGAGAAGCCACUAACCCUAUUCAUCUGACUGUGGACACUGGUUUUACAAAUGGUGAGGGUGCUAUCAAAGCUUUUGUAUCUUCAAACCUUUCACUUGGUGAUCGUCAGCUAGCUGCACAGUUUCAAGAGGUUCCUGUUGAUCUCCGUAUGGUUGAGGCUGAGAGGGUCGGAUACGAUGUCCUCAAGGCAACAGCGGUUGACAAACUCCCAAAUGACAUGGAAGGAAUGGAGCUAACACUGGAGAGACUGUUGACUUUAAUCAACGAUGUCUACAAAUAUGUUGACAGCGUCGUGGAAGGUCAAAGACUUCCAGACAACAACAUAGGACGAUUCAUUGCAGAGGCAGUAGCCUCGCUUCCCAAAUUACCCCCGCAAGUCUUUGAUAACCUUGUGAAUGAUAGUCUCCAGGACCAAUUGCUUCUGUUGUACCUGUCGAGCAUAACAAGGACACAGCUGAGUCUAGCGGAGAAGCUAAACACAGCCGCUCAAAUGCUGUAAUUAAGCUUUUGAAACACAAGGUUUUGCUGAAAAUGAGGAAUGUUGCUUUUGGUUUCAAUGUUUUUUUUUUUUUUGACAAAAAGUUUGUGUAAGAUUCAGUCUCCGAGUAUGGAUGGUGUAGCGUCGUAAGACAUUCGGAUUCGAGAUACUAAAACAACACGUUGUGUUGAUAUAAAGUUCAGAACAAAACAAUAACACUAAAACAUACAACAACGUUCAUGGA